AUGUUGAAACUGUUUGCUCUGAUCCUAAUAAUUGUUGGUUUGGUGUCAACCCAUGUACUGCCAGACAAUCAUUUGGAAAGCGAUGAACACAUCAAUGAAAAACCUGAUGAGCGAUGUGGCGGUGGUUUCGGUGGCGGAUUCAAUGGUGGUUUUCCGGGAGGUUUUGGUGGCGGAUUCAAUGGAGGUUUCCCCGGAGGUUUCGGUGGUGGCUUUCCCGGUGGAGUAGGUGGAGCCGGUGGUUUACCUGCAUUUGGUUAA